ACAGCAGUAUUCGUCACUGACCUCUGCUGGGUAUCUCUUGUAAUAACUAUAGGAAAACAUGGCUGCCAACCAGAGCACUGAGUGGAAGGCCGUGUGCGAGAAAUUUCGCCUUGCCCAAAAUCUUAACGAUGUGGAGUCGAAAAAAGACCCCGAGAAUAACCCUUUCCGCUCUAAAUACAAAGCGAGGGAUCUACUGAAGGAAAUCCACUGUUCUUUGAAAAAGAUUGACAUCGGAGAGGAGGGGGAGGUUGACAAUGAAGCUGACUGCAAGUCCGGGCAGAUGGUGGAUGGAGAGCUGGAGAAUGAUGCUGGGAAAGCGUGUGCAGGAAACUCUCCAGCCGGUAUGAGUGCGGCGAGGCUCGCGGUGAUCGAGUAUUAUCUCGGUGUGAACCACAUAGAAACCGAGGAGCUAUCCGCCGGCGAGCAGCAUCUCAUGACCUGCAUGAAACUCGUUGACAAGUGCACAAUAACACAGGAGAACGUCUCGUUGUUUAUACAGGCCCGGAAUCAGCUCGGGAUUUUGUGGGCUGGAAGAGAUGAAAUCGAGAAAGCACAGGGGUUUUUGGAGAUUGCCGAAUCAAUGUAUUUGCGCUACAUGAAAGAGGAUGGCCAAGCACCAAUGGAUCUUCAAGAUUUUUUUGUGCCAGAAGGAGAAGAAUUAUCCCAACAAGAGAGGACAAGAAGGUUUGAAAUGGCUUAUACUCACACACUUUAUUACCUAGCGCAAGUGUACAAGAAUCUACAGCAGUAUGAAAGAGCUGGACAGUACUGCCAUAGUACACUACAGAGACAACUGGAGUACAACCAGUUUGUGCCACUGGAGUGGGCCAUUAAUGCAGCCACAUUGUCACAGUACUACAUCACCAAGACACGUUACAUGGAGGCUCGCCACUGCUUGGCUGCGGCUAGCGUCAUUGCUACCCUUGCUGGAGAAAUCCCUUCAGAGGCAGCUGCCAAAGAAAGUGAGGCUGAAAAUGAAAAACGUGAAGAGCUGCUUCAGAAGCGAGCUGAAAUUGCCAGAUGCUGGAUUAAGUAUUGCCUGAAUCUGCUGCAAGAUGCUAAAAAGCUUCUUGAGGAUAACAUCGGAGAGCUAGACUUGGAUCGACAGGAAGAACUGAUGCGAGCGCGUCGGAACGAAGAGGAUGAAAAAGAGAAGGGACGAAAGAGUGCCGUACUUUUUGGUUCGAGCGAUACAUUUGACUCCAUUUGCAGUCUGGAAGAGAAAGUAAGCAGUAUUUUCCCUUUAGAUUUUGAAGAAGCCCGUGCCAUCUUCCUGGUGGGUCAAAGCUAUGUAGCUCAAGCCAAAGAGUAUUAUGCAAUGGAUGGUCACGUGACCGAUCAUAUAGAGAUCUUGCAGGACCAUAGCGCUCUCUUCAAGGUCCUAGCCUUCUUCGAACAGGAUUUGGAACGGCGUUGUAAGAUGCACAAGCGUCGAGUUGACAUGCUGGAGCCGAUCUGCAAAGACUUGAACGCUCAGUACUAUUUGCUUAUCUGCCGGCAGCUGCAGUUUGAACUUGCAGAAACCUACUACGAGAUGAUGGACUUGAAGUUGGCUGUGGCCGACAAGCAGGAUCAGCCCGACGUGCACACUGUUAAAAAGUUUAACCACUUGUGUUCUGCUUCUAUGAAGUAUUAUCAGAUGUUCCUGGACUCCAUCCGUUCACCAGAAGGCAAAUUUCCUGAGAAGAUUGAGGAUGACGUGCUGAGGCCUGCGCUUGUGGCCAAGUUUCGAGUCGCAAGACUACAGUCUAAGCUUAUCUCCAAUCAUCUCCCCACUCAGCUGGAGAACCUCAACCUCUCACUAGAAACGUACAACUUUGUAGUACAAUACUGUGAGGAACAUCCAGAAGCCAAGCAGGUGGUAGAAACCGAGUUAGAGCUGAGUGAAGAGAUGGUCUCACUGCUACCUCUGAAGAUCAACAGAAUUCAAUCCAAAAUGGUCUCUUCCACCUAAUAUAAGAUGAACGAGUGUAUUGUCUGCACUGUAAUAUCGCUAACAGAAAUAUAAACAACUGGCAAAUAUACUACUUCUUGGUAUAAACUCGUCCACUACAUCCAAGCUUUGCCUUUGUUACCUUAUAACCAAAAACGUUUGUGGACUGACGCAACUGCAUGUUUACAGUCACUAAUCUAUUUAAAUGUGCAAUUGUAAUGUUAUUUCAUGUGAAUUGUUCUUUCAGAUGUAAUGUUUAUUAAGUCCAAGGUGUAAGAUAUAGCUGUAUUAAUAUUAAUGCAUUUUAUUCCAAUAAAUAGUUAAAUACAGAA